UGCUAUAAAAAAACGAUUCACUUUUGAACACGUGAAACUAGCUUCUUUUCUUUGAAUUUUGUUUUUCGUCUAUCAAGUUUAUUUAACGUGCAACAAUGUUAACAAAAAAACCAAAGUUCUUGUCGUUGAAAGAAAAAGGUGACAUUAUCGCGAAACUUGAAAGAGGUGUAGCCCCAUCCAUUUUAUCCCGGGAAUAUUCUGUCGCAAAAUCUACAAUUUCGGCCAUAAAAAAAACAAGGAUAAGCUCCUUAAAGUGGUGGCCACUAGCCAAAUCAGCUCCUUAAAAAGAAAAACUUUAAAACAGGGUGAGUACCCUCGCAUGGAACGGAUGCUUUAUAAAUGGUUCUUGAAGCAACGUCAAAAGAAUCUACCAGUUGGUGGUGAGAUGCUAAAAGAAAAGGCAAAAUUGUUGCACGAAAAACUAGAAGAGGAAGGAGGCUUCAAUGCUAGUUCUGGUUGGCUAGAUGGAUUCAAAUCACGUUUUGGUGUUCGGCUUCUUAAAAUCUGUGGAGAGAAACUUUCAUCCGAUCACAGCGCAGUUGCACCAUUCAAAAAUAAUUUUGCGAAGACUAUCCAUGAGCUUCAGCUAUCUCAGAACCAAAUUUAUAACGCUGAUGAGUCGGGUUUGUUUUGGAAGUUGUUGCCUGAAAAAACGUAUGUGGCUAGAGAAGAAAAAACCGCUCCAGGUAGAAAAGUUGAAAAAGCCAGAAUUACAUUCUUAGCAUGCACUAACGCUACUGGUCUUCACAAAAUUAAGCCGAUGAUCAUUGGAAAAUCCAAAAAACCUCGUUGCUUCAAAAAUUUUGACAUUCCUGUUGAUUACCGUAGCUCCAAGAAUGCAUGGAUGACUACCGAUAUUUUCAAAGAUUGGUUUCAUAACUUAUUUGUCCCUUAGGUGCAAGAUUUCUUACGACAAGAAGGCUUGCCGAUAAAAGCUGUUUUACUACUCGACAACGCACCAUGUCAUCCUUCGGAGGCCGUAUUAAAAACAGAUGAUGGCUCUAUAUUCACAAUGUACAUGCCACCAAACGUGACACCGUUGAUUCAGCCAAUGGAUCAAAAUGCAAUUCGUGUUACAAAGCUGUAUUAUAGAAAAAGUCUCUUACGAUUAGCUGUUGGAAAAAAAGAUGUUUUGAAUUUCUUGAAGUCGUUAACUAUAAAGGACGCAGUUUCUUUAUUCGCAAUAGCAUGGAGUCAGUUAAAACCAGAUGUUAUAGAAAAAUGUUGGCGCAAUAUUUUACCACAGAUUUGUAUGUAUGACAUAGAAACACAAAGUUCAGAUGAAGAGGAAGAUACCCCUCUUAAUUUACUAAGAGACAAGUUUAGGCAGCAGCAAUUGGAAGAAAUAAAUGAAUUGCAAAACUUACUACAAAUUAUUAUCCCAGAGGUUUGUCUCAUAUGAUUUAGAAAUUAAAUCAUAGAUAUUAAUUGAUUAUGUAAUUUAGGCAACGCCGACUGUUACGGAUAUCAACACAUGGAACGCAAUUGAUGAUACAGUAGAGCCAAAUGAAAGUGAAUUAGAGCUAAUAACAUCUGAUGAAGAUGAAAUUGACGAACCUGAGAAUCAAACCAAAAUAACUGCGUCAGAAGCAAUUCAGAUUUUUGAUAAGGGGAUAGAGUGGGCUGAAGAAAAUACAUCUGACUAUUCAGAUAUCCUUGUUUUAAAAAAAAUGCGUGAAAAAGCUGUGCUGAAGGUGCUGGCAAAUAAAAAAAAACAGACAUGUAUUAAAGAUUAUUUUAAAUAAAAAAAAAUAAAAUAAAACUUCAAUUAAAGUAUACGGAAACUGUUGUCAAAGUUUGUUUUUCUUGACGGGUAAAAUAUUGGAUAGUGUGAACAACCUGGU